GCCAAUCUCUAAACAUCGAAGCAAAUACUCUCGUCAAAGAACGGCUAUAUUGUAGCAGAGCGUAACCGCAUUCAAUGAUCCUGUAACGUUAGCUGCAGUAGCCUGUCCUCAGUGACCCACAUUUUCACUGGAGAUGUGGUUAUAUAUCACGAGCGGGUGUACGGAAAUACCUCCCUUCUUCAUGUCAAAAACAGAUAAGUCCCGGAGCUAACUCUCGGUUUACGGGGGCGUUCAGCCUGACAGCACAACUUCUGCAAGUACUUUCAGAGUUUAAAUCCACGCUAAAAAAAAAAGAAAAAUCGCCAUAAUGGAGACUCACGAGGGGGCAGCUGCGGUAGGCGACGGCGUGCUCGACUUUUCCCAUUUGAGCCUGGACACUUUCGCCGUUGACAGUAUCAGCGACGAGAGGAAACGGGACACCAAGCAACUCUACUUGAACUACAACCGACUAGGCUCGCUGCCCUCCUCGGUCAGCCUUUUCUCCAACCUCGAGUUUUUGGACAUCAGCAACAACGGACUGUCGGCCAUCUGCGAGAGCGUUACGCGACUAACCAGGCUGAAAACACUCGUGGCCAAGAACAACCGCCUGGACGAGUUCUCGCUGCCCAAAGAAUUCGGCUCCCUGCAGCUGGAGGUGUUGAACUUCAGUGGGAACCGUUUCGAGGAGAUCCCCCUUCAGUGUACGAAACUGCUCCGUCUGCAGUCGCUCUCACUCGGUGGAAACAGACUGAAGAGUAUACCCGCAGAAAUAGAGAAUCUAACCAGUCUGGAGCUUUUGUAUCUGGGUGGGAACCUCAUUACAGCCAUUCCUCCAGAAGUGGCUAACCUGCCCUGGCUCAGCUACCUGGUCCUAUGUGACAACCGCAUCCAAAGUGUCCCCCCGCAGCUCACCAGGCUCCACUCGCUGCGAUCUUUAAGUCUCCACAACAACUUGCUGACUUACCUGCCGAGGGAGAUCCUCUGCCUGGUGCACCUGCAGGAGCUCAGUCUCCGUGGCAACCCACUGGUGGUGCGCUUUGUCAAGGAGAUGACCUACGACCCCCCGUCACUGCUGGAGUUGGCAGGACGUACCGUCAAGAGCCGAAAUCUGCCCUACUACCCCUGCGACAUGCCUUCAAACCUGCUGCACUACCUAGACUUGGCCAGCAAGUGCCCCAACCCCAAGUGUGCCGGCGUCUACUUUGAUUCAUGUGUGCGCCAGAUCAAGUUUGUGGACUUCUGUGGAAAGUACCGGCUGCCCCUCAUGCACUACCUGUGCUCCCCAGAAUGCACCUCUCCCUGCAGCUCCAACCCCCAGAGUGACGCCGAGUCGGAGGACGAGAGCAGCGUGCCCGCAUACCGCCUGCAGAGGGUGCUUCUGGGAUAGCACAACAUGGAGCAGCCUCUGAGACCUCUGGAUGGGGCCGGCCUUGUCAGUCUGUCAGUCUGUCAGUGUGUUCAAGAUUUUUACAGAGAUGAACUUGGCUGUCAGACUUAACAUAAACGCACAUACUCGCAUACAAACACCAGCGGUAACACUGUAUUACAGUCGGCCUGUGUGGCCGUCUGUAGACAGAAUGACUCCUGAGGCCCUGAAAACUUGUUGACUCAAUUUAAAGGAACUUUUGUAGAAAGGAAUCCAUACAUCACUCUACAUAACAUGAGCAAAGGAGCCACGUAGCCAUGUAAAUCCACAGUCUGCCAGUCAUGACUCCAUUAAAGUGCUGGUCUCACGGUCAAGGAUAAGAGCGGCAGGGUUCUUUUCCAUUCAGGGCAGCAGACUUUAUCUUUCAUACAACACUUGGUGCUUUUGUAGUAGAGACGGUAAAAUGCUCUGUAUUUUCUGCACGUUUGGAUACAAACAAUUUGUUUUUUGUCCGGCUACUGGUCAGCCAGCUUUCAUUUAAAUUUCUCUCACUGGGUGAGCACCAAAGCUGCUAUGCCAACUAGAAAAAAGUCUGGGAUUUAUUUUGAAUAUAUCCGCUGAAACAUUGACAUUAGUUUAACACUACAGUGUUCUAAACUGAUCGAGUACGAUGUGUGACAUGGCCUUAUUUACACUGUGUGUGUGUGUGUGUGUGUGUGUGUGUGUGUGUGUGUGU